AUUUCACGUUCCAAUAUGGCCGCAGACUUCUGCUAUUUUGCGGAGGAAAUUGCAAAAAUUAUGCAAAAUUUGGCUGACUGAAACUUUGUAUUUAAUAAGUCAGCAGUUAUAUGGUAGAAAAAUGUCAUGUUGUUCGCCAUGACCUCCCGUUAUCUUCUUGUCAGUCAAGUUCACGUUGUAGUGAAAGCGAAAACUUUGAGAUUUCCUCAACGAAUCGAAGAGGAAGAUCUUAUUUGAUCGCAGAGUGGAAAAAAGCUCAUCUACUUUGCGAAAAAUCUAUAUUGUUUAAGGUAAGAAUUUUUUCGUUGCAUUUUUUUUAAGGCUUUGGAUUUGACUAUCUCAUUAUUUUGUGUCCGACCACCGCGUUUCAUAACCUAGGUCAGAUUGCGACUUGCUGAACAGUUUUUCUCGACUUGAAUACGGGCAUUAAGCUUAUAUCAUAUUAUUAGUGGAUGUUAUUGAAUUCCUUUAUACACAUUAUGGAAUACCUUUACGUUUUCCUUAAUGAAAGCUUAAUCGGUGUUUCAAUAUAUGAUUUUGUAUUGCUUCUGUGUAAAGAAACCGCAGAGGUAAAUAUGGUUAUGUCGGUGAAGCAUAAAAGUCAGUUGCUUUUAUACGUGUAUAAGUACUGUUUUCUAAUUAAGCUAGAUUGCUGCUUUUAAAGUUAUGUUCGAAAAUAUUACUCAAGUGAUUGAAAGGUAAAUGGCUUUUUCAUAUUGAAGACCUUUCUUUUAAAAAAAAUUCUUGCAAGGUGGAAGGGACUUCAAUCAUGUCCAUGUCUAUGUUCUUUGCAUGAUGAGGGUUUAAGUAAGUAUUGUACAUGUACACUCAAUAAAAAUCAUAUUAAUAAUAAUGUUAUUAAACUAAAAGUAUGUGAGAGUAUUUAUUGUAGUAAUAUGUGGAGUGAAAUGCUUUUGGAACACCUUUGAUAGUGUUUGUGCCUACAGUUUAUCGUCCUUAUCUGAGAAGAGGGUAAAGUUUGACCUUUUGCAGUUGUUUUAAAAAAGGCAGCACUUUCUGCUCACUUAGAGACCCUGAGUGUUGGUGAGGCCGGGGUUAGAGCCAGCAGCCUCCCGUUUGACACACCAGUGUUUAUCCAAUCCAGCUAACCGGGUGGUAUCCUGCUAGUAGAGUCGCUUCGAGAUCUUUCCCUACUUAUCUAGGAAAGAUCGAAGCGACUCUACUAGCAGGGUAACCGGGUGGAGGUUUUUGAUGCUCUGUUAAUCAUGAUAGUCGCAGUUUUACUGCUCUGUUUAUCAUUAUGGUACUUGCUAGACUUAUCAGUGUAUGGGCAGACUGAGGGCUAGCAAGCUACAUGUACAGUUAUCAACUGUCAGAUAAUGUAAUGGAGGUACAUGUACAGUAGGCGCUUAAAAUAGUGGUCAGUAGGAGUAUACAGGCCUGCAAAGAUCUUUCCCCUUUAGAAAGGACAUAAUUAUGUCUGACCAGAUCCCUUUGUUAGUCAGACAAAGCAGAAAAGUGUUUGAACGAAAAUCAUUUUGAGUUUUAAUUCCUCUAACUGCUUUACAAAGCUGCAAAUCAAUAGUCUCAUUUGAUUUGUCCAGUCACCUCCAACUGCAGGUAGGAUUUCAAAGGAGUCAGACAUUGUCCAAUGACAGCAGCCCAUAACCUGGAGUGAGCAGCUCCCUCUUGCCCAUGCAACAGCACUUUCACAGACCAGUCUAUUUUUCGUCAGAUUUUCCCCUUAAUUUUGAAUAUCAAAAUAUGAAAACACGGUUGAAUAGGCUAAGUAUGGGGCUCCACACUCUGGUUUAUGGGCUCCUGUCAAUGACCAACUAUUAUUUGCAACUCUCCCAGGAUGUAGGGAGUUAUUCUUGCGUGGAGUAAGACAAAGUUAUGAUGAAGUUGGAGUAGAUGUUAAAUGACUUCAUAUUCAGUUUUGGUGCACAAUACAAAUCUUUGAGAUAUCAUCUACAUAUCAUUUGGUAGCCCACAGAGCAUGCUAAUAAAUCAUCAUCAGUAUGCCCACAGUGUACAUGUACAGAUAUUUUUUUUCUUGCAAUAUAAUAUUAGGUAUAUCUGUAUUGUAUAUAAUUCUGUUAGACACUAGAAUUUGUAUGCAGCUUUAGAACCCUUGAAAAGCUGUGAAUUGCAAGCUGCCAAUUGCAAGACCUUGAAAGAACUUGAAAUUGGUUUUUGAUCCUUGAAAGUCCUUGACUUUUAGUAAUUAAAGAACAUCUAAUGCUCUUUAAUGUUCUAACUUUUUAACCUUGUCAGUGCAAAUACAGACAGAGUGAUUGCCCACAAAAUUAAUUGUAAAACUCUCAUUUAUUUGUUUCUGGUGCUGUCUCGUUGCUCUUGCAUGUGCGCAUGCACCAGAAAAUCCUCAAAAUGUCCUUGAUUUUUGGCCUGAAGAAGACAUAGUGUAUGAUCCCUGUAGACAUUGUUUAUUUUUUACCAUAGUUAUGACUGCACUUGAACACUGUAGUGCCAUGUGAUUACAUUGUAUUGGGCACUGCCAGUUGAUCUUUCAUUUGUUUGAAUGGAUACAAAUGGGAGUCAUAUGAAUUCCAGUUGCUUAUCACCUGGUCAACUAAAUGGCGAUCAUGUGAUAGGAAUGUCUCAAAUGUUUAGUGAUCAUUUUCCCAGUUCAUUUUUGUGUUAUUGACAGUAAGCAUUUUCUGUUGUGAUAACACGCUAUUGCUUGUAUAAGCAGCUUCUGGGCUUGUAGAAGGUCUUCUGUUUUUUUGUCAUGUUGUUUCUCAGUAAAAUAUGUUAUGUUUAUAAUAUGCUUUUGUGGUACAUUUUUAGAUUGUUGCAUUGGAAAUUUGAAGCACCGGCAACAUAAUGGCAUAAACUGUAAUAUUUUUUAAGCAUUUUGGUCAUACUAUUUUAGGUUAUUUUACAUCAAACUCUCUUUAGAGUUCUGUGUUUCUUUAUUGUGUUACAUAUAUUUUUUAAUAUAAUAUUAUAACAGUCCAUUGUAGUUGCAUCGAGGAAAGGGUGGGAUGGGUUCAAAGAUUACCUUAUGUAUAUAACAUCUACAGAAUUGUUUAGAUUCUCAAGGUGAAACGUGAUCUGACUCGCUUAUUCAAGCAAUCCAAAAAGCCUAAGUAGAGUCAAUCCCCAGUUCAUUUUAAUUUAUUUCACAGUAGAGAUUGAAGCCGAUAUUCAAGCUGAAAAACUUCAACCUGCGUGGAAACCCCUUUUUCAGUUCCACCCCAUGCGAUCAUGGAAACCUUUUUGGAACCACAAAAACUUCUACAAAACCCAAUUUUAUUUUUAGGUCACUGAUGUUUUUGAAAGUAAGAAUUGUAAUACUUGUUUAUUGUUAUCCCAGUGAGGACUUUUAUAAACCAAUAUGUUAAAUGAAAGGUACAUAAUAUAUGUGUGUUAUGCAUGUUACUUUACUCGAGGUCUAAAUCUCAAAGGUUGAUUUAAACUGUGCUCCUUUUGCCCUGCAAUAAAUUUUUACUGAGUAGUUUUUAGAGCUUUUAAGAAGUACAUUUUGGUAAAGAACAUGAUAUCACUGAAUUACAAACUAGCUACCAGGUCAGUAACAUGACUUAAGGUAAAACAGAAAGGCAAUGUCUGAAGUGAAACUGAAGAAGGAGCCAGUCAUAAGUUAUAGUUGGCAACGUAUAUAGCAGUUAAUAAUUGCUUGAACUUUGUAAUCAUGUGCAAUGAUUGUUGUUGAUCUUGCAUUAAGGCAUUAUUAUCUGUUGGUCAUUAUCGCAGUCAGCUGUAGGGUUGUAAGUCUUCAACAAAAUAUCAUCUUUUCAAAUUUUCUUUAAAAACUGUUUUGUAUGUUUCUUUGUACUUUGGCGAUUUCCUUUUGCCAUAAAUAUUAAUUUAUUUGGGCAAGUGGUACACGUCUUACGUUUAAUUUUUAUUUGUCCUUAUUUCAGAAAUGAACCGAACUUUACUUGUUGAAGAGGGAGACGAUGAGGGCACUGACAACAGACUGGAUAAGAAAAAGAAAGAUAAAGAAAAACUGCAAGAAAUAGCUGGUGGGUACAAGUGUCUUUAUUAAAGUCUUUAAUCAUGAUAGAUUCUUAAAAUGCAAAGAAAAAGCUCUUUAUGAAAUUCUGGAAGGUUAUUUGCACUGUUAAUUAGCAUUCUUGACUUCCCUUAGUGACCAUCUUAUGAGUUUAUACAUAUUCAUUUUAACAUUAUGUUCACUCAUUUCUUUGUGUUAUCUUUCCUUUGAAAGAUUACAGUAUUUUGAUUAUAUUUACCUAAAUCUGUAUCAUGAAUGUCUUUUAUUUGUAUGUAUACACUUACCUGGCCUUACUGUACACUUAUACUUUCAUGCUCUGUGGGAGCCCAAUGAUUUAUGAGCCUUAUGGUUUCUUUUUGGGCUUUCUCACCACAUUCAUUUGUUUCUGUGUAAUCUUGUAUUUUUAUUCUUUGAAUUUUGUUGUAAAGUAAAUUGAAUUUAACUGAAUUGAGCACUCCAUUUGAAAAUAAGAAAAGUUAGAACUUUUUGCUCUUGAUAUACCUGCAAGUAAAUGCUCCAGUCUUUCUUGCUGUAGAAUGAACUUGGAAUUUUUGAUACUGCACUCAGCUUUUCUUUGUCAUUCUACAACCAGCACCUUGAUUAAUUCGCCAACAAAGAACUAACGUGACAUAAAUAGACUCUGAGGCCCAGUCCAAAUGCCCUACACUGUAUGUAUUUCACAUUGACUGAGUUGAUUCAGAUACUGUUCUCCACAUGAGCUGAAUUGUAUUAUGAACAACUUCAGUGAAUAGACCCAACAAAAGAAUUCACAUGACAAAGGCCCUAAUUCACACUGGCCUCGUUGAUUCAGAUGCUUUACUCCACAUGAGCUGAAUUCAAUAAGAACAACUCCAAGCUUCAUGCUCGCUAGGGUGAACCCAGUAAAUAAAAUUCACAUUGGUUGACGGCCAAAACUGUUUUACUUGAAUUUUCAUACUAGAAAUUAAAGUUAUGGGGUUCAAGAAAUUCCUAAAUUUGAAUCAAAGACAGACUGUUAUUCCUGGCAAAGCCAGGUUCAUGAGAAGAAUGGCUGUGCUGAUCUGACUUCGAAAAGCUGGAAUUUUUGGGCCAAUGUUACUUUUUUUGUUGUUGCCUUUUUCUCUGGUGUCCUUAACUGAAUGGUGCUCAUUCUGGAAUGGAUUGAAAGAUCUGUUCACCCUGCACAAAUUAGCUGACAAAGUUGUCCUUGAGGGUUAAAACUGGUGACGUCACAAGUAGUCAAGGGACUUUAAUCUGCAUGCAGGGUUAGGAGUGGUUCAGGGGUGAAUGGGUUAACAUAAAUUAUGUUUGCUUCAACUGGAAAUCUCCCAGACUUGAGCACUGUUAUUUUCUGUGUACAUGUACUUAAAGGUUGUGAGCAGAGCUGUGUAUUGAAAUGACUUUUCAUUUUAUUUGCUGUUAAAUUAUUCUUUAGAGAAAAAGAAGAAAAUGGGAUUUAAAAAGGCUGAUGGAAAAAGAGAAUUUCAUCAUUCCAAUUCAUUGACAAGUUCUUCAAAAGUGCAGCCUGCAGAUGACUUAGCAGAUAUGGCUGCUGUUAACCCUGAUGCUGAAGGUGUAACUUCGCCCGUAGAAUCCCCCGCAGUUAUUGGCCCUGUGUCUCCUCCUGGUUCAAAGAGCUACCAAGGAAACAUUAUUAUCCCUCCACCACCAAGAGCAGCCACACCACAGCAAAUCCAACCUCAAAACCUGCAGCAAAGAGGAAACUGGCAUCAACAACAGUAUCAAGUGGCAGGCUAUGCAAUGCCUAAUCAACAGCCACAAGUUCAGCUGCAUGGGCAAGUACCUCCUGGUCAGUUUAUGCAAUCUCCGUUUCAAUCCCCAGGCCAAGUUCCUCAGCAGAUUCAAGGGCAGUAUAUUCCACAGUCCUACCAGUAUCCCCAGCCUAGUGGGGUACCUGUGUAUGGUAAUCAGGUUGUUGCAGGAUCUCAUCACACAAGUGUCCUGACUAGAACCCAGUCCUUGCCUCCAUCAGCCUCACAUGCAGGUAAUUCUUUCAAAUAGCAGUGACAUAAAUCAUUUAAUAAGAGGUUUUUCUUAGCCUGAUAAAACAGCUCUCAUUUCACAACACUGCCUCUUGUUUCCCUUCGAAAUGAUGUUUAAGGAAUGAGUGGAGAAAUUUCAUACUGAUGACAUGUCACAACCCAGAUCUGGGUAGUUCUUGUGAUGGGUCUUGCAGUGAGGGAAAUUUGCUUCACCCAAUUAAAAGCACUACCCAGAAUGAAUCAUGAGAAGUGACAUGUCAUCACUAUGUAAUUUCUGUGCUCAUUCUUUAGAUGUAAUUUUGUUGCGAAAGGCUGUGGUGGCAUUGCAAAAUGUGGGCUGUUUUCUCAGGCUAGGUUUGUCUAUACCUUGAUACUAUAAAUUAUUUACAUAAUUAUUUGAAGAGUAAUAUCAGGGCUAAAACUUAACUCCAGUGCUUGGUGGCCAGCCAGAUGUCAGUUUCCUUGAGUUCCUAGUGGCCCAGGUCAACAUUAAGUGGCCCUGGAUUUCAUUGGAGGCAGCUCACAGUCAGAGAGAAAUCUCCACAUUUUGCCAGUCUUUUCAAGUUUAUUUAGUAUUCCAAAGUUGUUCACACGUGGGAGCUAAGGAAGUGGCAGUGAUGAAAGCAGGCAACAAAGUACUAUGAGUAAGACGUGAGUCACGUUAGAAAAAUCAAAAUGGCGUCUUACGGAUUGGUUCAGAAUUGUUUAGGGUUUAAUCCUUUUCCACUUGAAACAGUAAAAUGUUCAUAGGACUCAGAGAAAUUAGAUUCAGGGCAGUGAAAGAAAGGUAGUCCAACUAAACAACAUGUCAUUUUAUUUUUAUUUUAAAUUUGUACUUGCAAUCCUAAUAUAAGCUUACAUUGGGCUGAAUUCGAAUUUAUUUAUUUUUAUUGUAGUUACCCGUCGGGCAUUUCAACAACAAUUUUUCAUUGCCCCGCUACAUUUAAGUCACCACUGGCAACCUGGUGAAUUCUAUAAUUUAUUAUUUGAAUCAGUUGAAAAAAAAUUGUUUUGAUCUCUUAUCAGUGGAGCAAGUUCGUAGUACAGGCCAACCAACCUGGGGUGCACAUCCACCAGCUAGCCAACCAACCGUCAACACCAGAGAAACAUCGUGGGCAAACAAUCCUACAGCUGAACCUAGAGAAGAAAGUAAGGUUCUUGAGCAUGUGCUGGGCACUUGACUUUUUAUUCACUUUUGUUUUGGCUUGUGCUGUUGUAAAACUGUUUGGUGACCUGCAAUCGGUGACAAAAGGGCCUUUCUGACAUUUUAGUGACUUAAAAAGGGGGAAAUAUAGCUUUCCCACUCCCCCCCCCCCCGCCCCUAUCCAUCCAUCAUCCUCUCCAUGCAAUGUUGUGUCGCUGUUCAAGCUACCUGUAGAAAACAACAAACACCCCAACUUUGAUUUGAGGGGAGGGGGGGGAUGUGGGUUGUUUUGUUCUCUGAAAUUACCCUAUUUGAGUACAAUGUCUCAACAACUUUGUCGCUGAUUGUGUACCUAUGCAAGUUGACUUUGGAUGAUUCCAGAAAGAAAUCCACCUCCUUCCAUUUGAUGGCAAGAUUUUUUUAGCUCUGCUUCUUAAAAGACCCCAUAAAUGCUGCCUUUUUGCCUGAACUUUUUCAUGUUUUCUUUCAAUUGGGCCAAAGCGGAAAACACCAUAAUACUCUUUAAACUGCUGUUUGGUUGGUGCUUCAUGUCAACCUGACUUUGCAUUAUGUUUUGUUUGUUGCGUGAACUGCACAUGCAGUGGAUGCAAAUUCAUGAGAAGCUGAUGCAUUGCAUGUGCAAAUUGUGCAAAGAAUAAAAGAUACAUAUACUUCAAAAGUUGGCUUUUUAUAAAGCACCACCCAAAUGGGAAUUUAAAGAAUAUUAUGGCUUUUUUCUGCAAAAUUUUGUUCAUUGAAGCCAAGAAAGUGUUACUUAACUUUAUGUCAGCAGAGAAAAGAAAAGUCUAAUGGAGGUUCACUUUCAACACACUAUUAUUUUUGUCUAGGCAAUUUUACAAAACGGAUUUUGUUUUAUGACCUCUUCAAUCAUGUGGCGUACAACUGAAGAGGUCAUAAGACAAAAUUAGUUCUGUAAAAUCACCUACAGUCGAUAAAACGUGUUUAUUUUUCUUUUCUCUGUUGACAUAUUAUAGCUUUUUUUGCUUUAACCCAUGACCAUAAUAUUCCCAGAGCAAUCAACCCUCUGUCAGAUGAGAUUUUUUACUGGUGAUCUGUCAGGAUAGUUUUUUUUUUGUUCUGAAAUAACCCACGUGCCAAACUUACACCAACUAGUCGUCUGUUGUUCAGGGCAUAUAACAGUACUUGCUAAAAAUGUGAUCUUACUGUAGGAUCUUGGAGGGAAGGUGAAAACCCAUCAAUCAACAAUGGUAUCUCUAAUACUCAGUGGACAGCCUUCUCACCUAGGGACUCACCGGGACAGUCUGAACCUCCAAUACCAUUGGUAAAUGAGGUAGAUGAAGAGCAUAGCUCCAGUGAUGAAGAUGUGGAUCGCAGUAGUUCACCAGAGCUUGCAGGCGAAGAGGGGGAAGUUCUGCUAAGGUUUGAAACUAGGUGCCACAGUAGUUUAACCCAUAGGGUUCACUCAUGACCAGGGCUGUGCUGUUCCAAAAGGUAGAUAACGCUAUCCACUGGAUAAAUCUCUACCUAGUAGUUGUGUAACUGGUUUUCCCAAUACUUAUCUGCCAGAUAGUGAUUUAUCCCAAAAUGAUCCCUGUCUUUCAACUAUGUAUUGAAGAUACAAAUUUACUCUUUGUUACGCCUGAUAUGUUUAUAUCGUCUACACUGUGCUCCUAUUUAUUCAAGAACAGAACAAAAAUAGAUGCCCUAGCAAAAUAAUGAUACAAUGUAAUACAUACAGCCUUAAAAAAAUCCCACUGUUCAUCCAUGCCCCUUAAUAUAAAGUCAUGUCUCUUAUUUGUCACAUCACACACAAAAAAACUACAAUGUUACUCAUUUGAAAAAUCAGAAAUGCAUAAGUUUUAGACACUUUAAAAUUUAACCAUUAAAGUAAUUUUUGGAUGUUGGCCGGAUAAGAUGACCUGCCAAAGAAAUUUUUGCUUGGUCAAGUCUGGUUUUCUGGCCAGUCAAAAAAUUUGGAAAGAAGUGAAUUAAUCAUUGUGUCACUUUAUUAAUAAUCAAACGUGAUUGUAUUUUACCAAGAGACAAAAUCUAAGAUUUACAGUUGAGGAUUUAGCUGUUUUUUCAAAAAUAGUCUGCGUGACCAGUCAACAUCACCAGCAACUCAUAUGGAGCUUUUGGCUGGCCAAGACACCAUUCUGGCCAGACAUUGUUGAUUGACUGGCCAAUAUUUUGACCCCUAGGACUUUUGAAAGAGAAAGCCUAAAUCUCUAAUUUCAUAUGUGCAAAUGUACCCCAACUAGUAAAAUGUUUUAACACACCUGAACUUAUUUUCAUCAAAUUUCCAAUUCAGGGCCCCUUCACUUGCAAGCUUUGCAGAAAGUAUAAGUAGUAUUGAAGAGGAAUCUGAAGAUAACUUGUGGCGUAUCUUGCCAGAGCAGAGAGAAUAUUAUACAAAGCAGUUCAGGAGACUGCAACCUAUGGAGGGUGGAGUAGUCAAAGGUACAUUGUAAUUCAUUCAGAUCAUUAUACGUUUCUGGAAAACUACCCACCUACCCCUCCCCCAAGCCAACAUUAACACCUACUUCUUACUUAGGGCAAAAUGAUGGCUUAGGGGAAGGGUAGGUGGGCGGUUUCCCAGAAAUGUAUAAUAAUCCCUUCAUUCUACAGUCAAACCUGUAUUAAGUGGACCUGUAAAAAGUGGUGACCCUGUAUUUAGCAGUCACAGUCUUUCUUAAGCGCCAAAGGUAAUUUCACAUAAUUUCUGUAAAACUGGCCUGUAUUAGGUGGCCACCUCUCUUUAUAAGUGGUUGUGGUCACAUUUUCCAUGUCCCAACAAGUUGUUUUUUUAUUGCUUUUACCUCAGUCUAUUAAAUGAUCAUUUUGUCAACAUAGAAGUGCAAUAGAUACACUGUGUAUGGCAUUCAGUGGUCUUUUACUCUAUUCCUUUUGGCACAAGAAGAGCUAGAAACACUUCGAGGUCAAUUUGUCAGGUUUUGGAUACUGCACUUUGCCAAACCUGUAUUAAGUGGUCUGUUGGCCAUUCCUUAAAGGUGAUGGCUUAAUACAGGUUUGAUCUUAUUCAUUUGACAGUGCUCCAAUCCCAACUUUUCUCAAAAUUGCCUUUUGGUGACCUAAUACUUUACAAUGCAAAAAUAAUGGUGCCUAGAGAAAACAAACAAACUAACAAACAAAACACACCGUGCAAUAUGUGCAAUAUUAUUUUAAUAAAGGGUUUGAAAUAAUGAAAAUGUAUGCCCAGAUAUUGCAGUUUUGUGGUACACAUGAUAACGAAAAAAAUUGGAGCCUAAAUAAUAUGUCAUACAUAGGAAAAUCCACCUGCCCUGGACUAAUGAAUGGGACUUUUUUUGAGCUCUAAUCUACAAAGGGCUUGAACCCUGUCCUUUAUUGAUGAAUUUGUUAACUAUAGUUAACAUCAUAUUUUUCACAAGAAUCAUAAUCAUUUUUAUCUGUCUGCCCAUAUUUGGGACUGAAGACUAGGGGUUGGUAGCUCGCAGCUGCCAUGUUUGUUUUUUUCAUUCUUUCACUCUUAUUUUAGCUGAGAGCUUGUCCUUAAGUUUAUGUUCCUAUGAAAUAUUGUUUAUUAAUAAUUAAUAGUGAAAGAUGUGGUAAAAUGUAGUAUUUUCUCACAAAUGUGGGAUUGUGAUAUUUUAGAGUGCAAAAAAGCCUUGCAGUGCAUCACUUACCUCUAGAGUGUGGUCUAGCCCUACAAAUGUGAGCCUCAAGCCGCAAACCUGAUGACAAGGCAUUGGUCACAUGAGUUCUUGACGUUUACGCCUCGCGGGAAAUGCUGAAAAACCUUGAUCUUAAAGUCUCUAAUAGUGAAUCUUACAGAGCUGAUCAGUUUUAUUGGAAUUGUACUCUAUGUAUGGACUUUGUUUUAUUAAUGGGAUUAAGAACACUGUGUGUGUUACUCUCAAAUAUUGCUUUUUAGGUCCAAGGGCAAGGGACUUCUUCAUGAAGUCUAGUUUACCUGUAGAGGUGCUCUCAAAGAUAUGGUAAGGCAUUUGGUUCCAUUGCUCGAAGAAUAAUUUCUCCUUAAUUUUUGCAUGUUUAAGAAGUGUGUAUUAUUUGAGAUUUUGGACCAAAUUUUGUAUUUGCAUAUUCGCCCAACAAGUUUUCCCAAUUUUGGAUAAAAACUUUGUUCUAAAAUUUCUUUUGUUCUAUGGCUUUCUUACUUUUGUUUAUUUAUAUGGUGUGAAAAGUUAAUCAGGUCUCUAAACUAAUCUUUGAUCCCUCGGAGGAGAAGAACAUAAGAAUGAAAGGCAUUGACUGUAGUGAAAACAUCACUUGAAAGUGCAUUUGUGCUGUUUCAACCAUAAUUGAUCUGAUUGCAUCUCAAUUUGCCAAAUGUUGGCAAAUUUUUCUGGAUUUGAAUUCUAAAGGAAUAUAUUAAAAGGUAAAGAAAAAAAUCAUUGUCACGUGUUCACGUAUUCCAAAAAAUGUGAAAUUAGGAAGUUUCAUAUCGCAGUUACGCAGUGACAGCAAAAAAUGAACAAAAAAGCAUGAUACACAUGCAAAGUUGUUGUUCAGCUAAUCUACACCUAUUGCUUAAUUUGCCAUUCACAAUACCAAUGCUGAUACCACUGUUGUUGCUUAUUUUCCCAUUUGAUGGUUAGACCUCCUGUGGAUAAGUGGUGAUUGUGGUGAGAUCAACUCUUUUUUGGUCACACCAUGACACUCCCAACAUUUUUUUGUUUUUCAGGCACCUCUCAGAUAUAAAUAAGGACAAUGCUCUCAAUUUGGAUGAGUUCUGCAUUGCAAUGCACCUUGUGGUAGCACUGCGACAUGGUUUAGAACUGCCGUCAACUCUACCUAAUGUUCUUUUACCUGUAAAUAAGGAGACAGCUGUUUCAGGUAUCUGAAUUUAUGGCUCAUCUACAUCUCAGUCAAUAAUUGCUGCAUUGAUAGAAGCAAGGGUAUUCAAUUAAACUUUUACAAGAGUAAUUUACAAGUGCGGUUAUUAUUAAUUUUUUUCGUACUUCAAAACAGUAGCUACACUUGUAAAUUACACUAGUAAAAGUUUUAUCAAAUUGACCACUGCAGUGUUUGAAUUCAAACGUUCGGAAUUUUUUACUUCUCACAGAGGUUAUUUGCUAAACACCACAUUUGAAAUUCCUGGUGUCGGCUUUUCAGUAUCAGGUCUUGAUUGUGCAAAAUUCGGCUUUUGUCGAUUUCAAAGUUUUUUGUUUAUUGUUGUCAUGGUGAUUUACUUAAAACUACAUUUUGACAAACUUCAAUCCAAAGUCAGUUAGUGGUGAAAAUUUCAUACCAAUCAGACAAGGAUAAAAUCACUUUUAAAACGAUUGAGAAAUAUCGGUAUGGUGUCCAAAAAGCUGUAUCGAGUACAUUAAACGGGCUGGCCUUUUUGAAGUGGAAAACUUUUAUUGUGCUAAUUGUGUGAAGAAUAGGGGAGAAAGUCUGGAUAUUUGUCAUCAAAUUUGGAAAUCAUGCACCAUUUUAGCCUGUGUGGUUCUUGUUUCUUUAGCCCCAGUCCAUCCACUUGAAAAGGUCCAAGGAACUGAACAAGAACAACAAAAAGAGCUACAGAAUGUCUCCUCUCCUGAUGUAAGCUUCUUUUUGUAUUGCCUUUGUUGUUGUGGAGUGUAGUGUAUUUGUUCUGCAUUGGCUUGAAUCUAAUUUCUUAAUUUCUUGUAGUUUCCUUUUGUAUACAUGUAGUUCGACUAGAUCGUUUGUUUAUAGUAAGGGUAGAUUUUUUUGCCUAAUUUUGUUGGUCUAGCAACACUUUAGAGGAAUUACUGUCUGCGCCAUUUAUUUUAUGAAUCAGAAUUCAAUUCUUUUCCUCUCCUUUCCUUUCCUUUUAAUUACCUCUGGCUUUAUCAUUCGUCAUAAAAAAGCUUGCUCAUCCAAGUUUUCAUGGGCUAGCUUUUUGAUCAGGGUGUGUAAACGGUAACGGUCAAGUCGCCCGAAAGUCAUCUCGCCCGAAGUCAUGUAGCCUGCGCGCAGACGAAAUUAAACUCUGGUUAACUCCGUCUGCGAAACAGCGCCGAAAUCCUUGUUCUGGACUUCCAGCUGUGUACCCAGAUUUGAGUACGCGCCACGAUUGGCCAGUUAAAAAAGGCUAGGUUGAAGGGAAAUUCGAAACGCACUUCCGGUAAUUCGUUGAGUCCGUUGGGGGUUCAGAACAAGGAUCUCUGCGCUGCUUCGCAGACGGUACUAAUCAGAGUUUAGUUAUCGUCUGCACGCAGGCUAGAAGUCAUGUCGCCCGAAGUAUUUAGUAAAGUCCCCGAAAUUUUAAUAAAGAAUGUAUGAAAUGUAUCUCGCUCUAGCGAUAGUGAAAAGAAACAAGCAGGAUAAUUGUGUAGUAAAGUCUCGUUCUUUAAGCAACGACGCUAUGAUGAGACGAAAAAAGCGGGAUGAAUGUGCAACAGAUCUCAUUCUUUAUGCGAUGAUGGGACAAAACAAGCGAGGUAAAUGAGUAAUAUAUCUUGUUCUAAAAGAUUUGAUGAAACGGAACUGGCACGAUUAAGAUGUUUGGUUGUUGUUAAGCAUGAUAAAAUUUCGGCCGACUUGACUAAAAAUUUCGGGCGACAUAACUCUCUUUUCGGGUGAGAUGACCUUCGGGCGACUUGACCGUAAACCGAUAAACGGUAAUGGCUUAUGGUAAGAAACUUACCAUAAGCCAAAUCAAAUUCUAUAGCACCUCGAUUAACUCUUACACCUCUUUCAUGCUCUUCAAACUUUAAUCGUGUUUCUUAGCUACGCACGCUGACCUAUGAAUCAAUUAUUUAAUGCAAGUUGCACUGUAAGCACUGUUAAGCACUUUGUACACUGUGUUGCACUUCUAUCUGUCUGUCUGCACAGCACUGGCAACGUUUUAGUGAUUCUCUUGGUCGCAAUGCUGCACCAUCGCCUGCAAAGAUAAAUCAUGACUCUGCUGUUAAAAGGAAGGCAGUAAGUUUAUUCACCUCAAUAUUAACUAUAGAUGUAAUAAAUUUCUUCAUAUCCUCAGCAUUUGUGAUCGAGGUGAGAUAAUGUUAUUCUGCAGUGAAGUUAUCUCAAAUACCGGUUUGAUUUUCUUCAAAUAGAAUAUAGUUUUUAUCGUGGGUGGUGAAUGUGUAGAAACAGGCUAAACUCAGUUUUGAGAUGACACUAAAGGUUGGUAAUGAGGAUGUUGGGAGAGGCUAUAUGUUCCGUAUCGGGCUCUGAUGUUUUGCAGGCUUGUUAAGGUCAAGACUGAGAGAUGUGUAUUGAUUUACAUUUUAACACUGCCACCAACCUUAAAAAUCGCAAUCAGUUGGAAAAGGAUUCUAUCAAGCAAGCAACGGGAAGAGCGCCGGCUUUAGUCGGUAACCUGCAAAAUGUGACUGAGGGGAUUUAGUUUUAAUUUCACAUCAGUUUGACCCCCAAAGAGUUUUUGCCUAUCGUUGGAAGAAAUACCAACAGUCGUAAUGAUUUCCCAGAUACAUGAGGGGUCGGUUAAUCAAUCGUGUCGUAGACUGCAAAACAGUCGGUUUUUUUUCUCAAAAUUAGUAAAGAAAUCGGUAAAGCGUGGCGUAAGAGUCUUACGCGCGCGAAGCGCGCGAGUCUCACACGUUUCUCCCCAGUCUCGCUCUCUGUUUUCAGUCUCGUUCCAGACCUUUUGUUUGACUGCGCGCGCUUACUUGAAUACGCAAAAAUGCGGACUGUUUUGCAGCCUUAUCGUGUCGGUAUGUUUUUGUAGCGCUCAUUGGUUCAACCAGUACCGCAUUUGAGUGAUAUCCAAGGAGACGAAGACCAUGAGGCUGCCAGACCAAGAUCCCAUUCUGAAUCAUCUUCAUUGGAUGAUGCUGCUGAUGGACAAGCUGUUAGAGGUGAGAGCAGCCCUACCAGUCCCAUAAGACCUUUGCAUAUUGUGAUGCCGUCCUCUCAUACUCAGCAAACUGAAGUAUCUCAAACGGGGCCAAUAAGUCCGAGUCAAGCAGUAACUGCAGAAAUAGAGAUAGCCAGACCAAGAGCAGCUGUCAAACCCAGCUUGCUUGACGCCCUUCCUGGUCAGCUGUUACCGCCGCCAUCAGGAAAACAAACCCGUGAUGGGUGGACACCCACCAAUAAAUUUAUAUACCAAUCCUCACCUCCAUCCUCACCUGAGGACGAGACACCCACUUCACCUCUCUCCCCCGGGGAAAGGAAGACCCCGUCACCCCCUCCCACUCCCCCACGAGUGGCAGAAGAGGAAGAACCAACUAAGGAGGAUACUAGUAAAGAAGUUGUUUUUCGAGCGAACAGGAGAAGCGGAGAGAGACCAAGAUCAACCGGGGAUGUACAAACUAGUAAUCAGGAUGAUUGCGCGUCGCCGACCUCUCCUGGAGAUAGUGAAAGUCAGGGCAGUGUUUCAUCUGAAGGGAGGAGAGAACCUCCUCCCCCACCCCCUAGAAAGAAAGGACAUUCCAGGUCGUCUUCUUUGGAUCUAAACAAACUGUUUGCAGCAAAGGCCAAGGAGAAUAGAGGUAAAAAUAAACGUAGUACAGUCAACUUUCUCUAAGGAGGACACGUCCAGGACCGGCCCUGACUGUCCGUUUUAAUGAUUUUAAUUUUAAGAAACUAAAACUGAACCUAUUUGAAGUGAAUACACAUCUGCUUUACUUGUGCAAAACAGUAAAAAGUGGAAUCAUUUUCUCAUUGUGCAAUCAUUUUUCUCAUCGUGCAAUCAAUCCGUCAUUUCAAGAAAACGUUCACGGCUUUUUGGUCUCAAAGCAUAUCAGCACACUGCGAACUGGAGCAAGACUAGGAAAAACUAAAAUUUUGCAUUUUACUGUCAUGUAAAGCACUUACAUUUCUAUUUCGUGGUACUUUUCAUUGCAUGAAGCACUUCUCAAGUGUCCGUUGACGGUUUCAAAAGUGGCUGUUGUCCUUCUUAGAGAUUUGUUCGUCAAAUAGAGGUGUCCGGUAAGAGAGAGUGGACUGUAUAUUCAUUUUGUUAUGUACAUUCAUUAAUUCACCCCAAAGACUACACGCAGACUCGCAUUUACUUUCCAACCGCAAAGUGAAAAAAAAACUUCUUUUCCACGGGCGUUUUAGUCGUAGUAGUUACCCAUAACCAGUCGCCUGCUUUGGUUUAUGCCUACCAUCCCUGUUUUAGGGAUUAGUCUCUGAUAUCUCUUGUUUAUGUUUGUUGUUGAAGGAACGCCACCAUCAUCCCAGUCAUCAAGCCAUUCAAGUCAGGUUUGUAUUUGUCUCUGUAAUAAUGUUCACAAGCUGCUGAAUUGCUAACAAGCAUCAACGCACAAGUUAGGUUGAAUUUUGUUCAAAACUCUGAACUCUCUGUAUAUUCAAUCUCGUUUUUGGUUACUACUGCUACUUUAUCUUGUCCGAUACCCUUUGACCCGACAGCGUACCACACCCAUCUCCCGUUUUAAAACAGAUUAGGUUUCAACAAGAAGUCGAGUGCUUACCUAUAUCAAGCUUUGGACAAAUACAGUUACGGUAACAUUAUAAAAAAAAUUGUGUUAAGUGAUAGAAGUGUAUCACUUUACAACUGUUCGUCACUUACAGGGAGUUUUCAUCUCGGUUUCAUUAAUUACUUGUCGGUUAAGAAUCCUGGAAUAUGGUUUAAUACGGUUCAGUAAUUUUCGUUCCGGAAGUUCUACAUUGUACCUUGUAAAACUAGCGAAAAAAUUCAGAAAAUUGUUUUGUGCUAUGAACUACCACAUGUAGUAUUGUAUCAUUCAACUGCAGAGGAUACAUUAAAGGAUUGCAUUAUAUCCGAUAGCUCUUACUCCGGCACUAAAACCAUACAGGAUAGGGCUUCUGUUCACACACGAGAACGGUGAUUUCGGCGAGAUUUCUGUAAUGGAGCGUGCGCCGAUCUCGAAAGUGGAGAGUCGCAUAUCGGAAAGGUUUCUGUGCCACCCUUGGUGUGAACAGGUGUUCAAAAUAAUAUAAGGAAUAGCUUUUCUUGUCGACAUGAAUAAAGUGUACUGGUUAACAAAUCGACCACAAUUUUCCGUGGUCUACACUCUUAUAGACCAUAGGAAUGGCGUCAUAUAAUGUUCAAAACUCAAGUGGAACCAUGAGCCGCAGGCGAGUGGUUUCACUCAAAAUUUUAUUAUUUUUUUACGAAAAACCAAAAACAAAACAACCAGCACUGCGUGACAUGUUACGUCAUUUCCGUGGCCUAUACUUUCAUAGACCAUAGCUCUCGACCAAUCAGCGCGCGAGGAUUCGCUCAGUUAUUGUAAAAUAUAGUAUAGACACAACCUUAGUCAUGUUACCGUUGUCUUAUCUCUGGUAAAUAAAACAAUAACAUGUACACCCUGUGGUGUUCUGGUUAUUCUGACAUUAUUCAAUGUGCCAAAUCAUCUGACAGACUGGUGACAGUGGUCACCCUGUGAAAAGCGAACCCUCCACGCCGAGAAAUGGACAGGAGAAUUCUAGCAGCAGCGAGGCAGCUGAUGAAAGCGAAAAAGUACAGCGGCAGGAAGAUUUUGCGGACUUCAGCAGAUUCGAGAGUUUUGUAGAAGCACAAGAAACAGUAAAUGGAGAAGAGGGAAAAGUAUCGUCGCCUCAACCCAAGCUACAUAAAAGGUCCUUUUCCCUGGAUGACUCUCAUGUAAGAUUAUUUUCUUCUUAUUAAAAUGAUACAUUGGCAAUGAUCUGGCAGACUACGAGUGGUCUCUUAAUUUCCUUGGGGAUAUGAGAGUCAGUCAAAUGCGCAAGCGCUCGUAAAGGUCGCCACUGCAAGGAGAGGCAUCGUGUGACGGAGGAGAGAUUCGCAACGCCUCCCGUCGCGGGCGGAUAAUUUUACUCGCGCUCGCUUUUUUGGUUCGCUCUACCACCCCUGAGCAAAGUAGACGAACCACUCGAAGUGUAUUGACUUGGCGAAUCUGGAAAAUGUUAUUGCUGUUGGGAAAUGUUUUCCAUUGUUCUGUAAGCAAAUGUUUCCCUUUUUGUGCUGAACCGUGGCAGUUCUUGCUCUCCGUAUGCGAGAAAGGCCCUAGAAGCAAAUACAAAAGCCCAGGCGAAAAAGUGUUUUAUCGUUUACCCACUCGAGAACAUAAUCUCUCCACAUUUGGCGAAGAACUAAUGCAAAGGAGACUAAGCACAGCCACGAGAACGACGCAAAAACGAUGGUAUUGAUAGAGGAAAGUAUAGCCUGUUCCUGAGGGUUUAAUUUCUUAAUCUUUUCUCUGAGGUACUCCGUAAAACAACAAAGUCAAAACGGUAAGGAGUUGACUAAUGUAGCUUCAAAAUUCUCCCCCUGGACUGUGCAGUUGAAAAUUCCAUAUUAAACUAAUUGGAACAAUAUCAACGUAAUGUUUGAAGUAUCUUUUUUCACCCAUCGUUUGUAAGUUUCCCUAAUGCUAAAAAGCUCUAAAGAUAAAAGAACAAUUUUAACUUUGUUUUCCCUUUCAGGAUGUUGCGUGGUCUACGAUUCCUCAGAACGCUGCCACUGAAGGUGAGGCUUUUUGUUGCUUUCACAUGGGCUAAGUACAUUUACAGAAGUACGUAUGGUUGUACGUUUAAGUUAGUGUGUCAGAAACUGUAGAACAUCAAGUUGACUCUGAAAUUCCUUCCAUAAACGUGGUAGACCUCCACGCCAUAUAUGGUUCUCUCCCUUUUUCCGAGAGGUUUUUCUCCGGGUACUCCUGUUUUCUCGUCUCCUCAAAAACCAAAGCAACACAACACUUCUAAAUUCCAGUCCGAACAGGAAUUGUACACGAAGAACCGUUUUGUAGAUGUGCUACCUCUAAAUCGUUGUUUUUUACUUACUUAUUUAUUUGUUUAUUUAUUUGAGCAAAGACGUUCGUUCCAGUAUUUAGGGUAUUUGCUUUUCUUUCUGACGAGUAAAAAACUUGAUUAACGUUAAAUUCUUUUCUUUUUAGUAACCCCAACACCAAACAAACCAUCCCAUAACCAAGAGGCUUUACCCAGACCAGUUCCUAAGUUGGUAGGUUGGAUUUCAUGUUCUUAGUGGUAUCUUAACGCCACUUUUUCAGCUGUGUAUGUUUAUAAACAGAGGAAAAUGGAGUUUGCAAGUUUUGAUUGUAAUAAGGGCCCGUUCAUUUUUAGUCAGGUCGGGCUGCCAAAUUGUGUGGCUCUAAAGGAGGUAGAUAAAUGAGGGGGAGUCACCAAAACAUUCCUUUAAGUUUUGCAGUGACGGAAUCUGUAAUGAUGCAAUGCAAAAACUAACAUUUAUGACGAUCAGAAAAUUCAAAUUUUCUUGGGUGAGCAUUCCUCCUAAUCCCCCUACUUUCUUGUACCCCAGUCUUUUUGCAAAAACCGUCAAUCUCAGGGACCGCAGAGACUAUUUUUUUAGUGGUAGGGACCCCUUUUCUCCAUAUAAACGACACCUUUGGCACAGUCCACAUGAAUCCCAUUGAUUAUUGAAACCGGAUUUUUUUUUUGUUUACACAAAUAGACCUUGCGUCCACACGAAACCUGUUACCUCACUCACCUAAACCGCAUCAUUUUUAAAACUGCUCUUCAGAGUAGUUUAAGUCCUUGUCCACACGAUUCCGGGUGAAAAUAUGUGGUUUCAAAAGUGUCCGUAUACGUGUGAACGGCGCCUUAAUCUAAUUCCCUGUUGAGUGUGAAAAGAGCCACAAAGGGGCGUAACAAGUCUCUGUCAGUGUCUCCCCUAGCGUGCUGCCCUUGUUCUUGGGUGGCUAAUCUGUAGAGAGAGAUCUUUUAAAAUAGAGGGAUAACUUCUUGAUCCCCCAUCAACAGCCGCGAUGGCUUACUGUAAACAGAGCACGCGUAGUAGUGGACGCAUGCAGUGAGUCCCUCUCUCUACACUGAUAAUGGCUGGAAAGUUUAUUGCCUGUUCAGUUCAUCUGCAUCUUUAGUGAAAUUCUUAAUUUUGUCUUCUUCCAAAGAAACCUUUGAGUCCUCCAACCCUAAAGCAAGGUAGAAGACAAGAGAAAGAUGGCGAAAAAGAAAGAAAACGAAAAACAGAGCCUCCAAAAGUUGUAGUGAGGUAUGCUAAGCUCCUUUGAGACUUUACUUACCGAGUUUAUCGCGGCGCAUGUUGUUCUGCACUUUAAGACACGAGUUAGUUGUGAACACUUUUUAUAUUAAUUUAGUUCUAACUUUCAAGUUUGUGGAUAUAAUCGUACAUUGUGACGAUUCAAUUAAACCCCCUUCAGCGGAUGUAGUUCUAACUUUUGAGUCUGUAAGUUUAACCCUGUGACCAUUCAUAUGAAAUCUCUUCAGCAGUACUUUCACGUGGUACUACAGUGAAACCUCUAUUAAGCGGACACCCUCUAUUAAGCGGACACUAAGCCGGGUCCCGAAAUUAACGUCUUAUAUUUUCCUUUAUAACGAACCCCUAUUCAGCGGACACCUCUAUUAAGCGGAUGCGGACAGUAAAAUAAAUUGUUUUGGCUAAUCUCUAUUGUUAAAAACCUCUAUUAAGCGGACACCGGGCUGAAUUGACAAUAGUAGUAUUGGAUUACGUCCUUGAAAUCAAUACAUCUAGCUGUCAAAAGUUCAGCUAACAGUCUUGUACAAAGUACAGCACAGCUUCCUUAGCUUCCUCAACAACAUGGAACUUUAUCACGGUUCAGAGUAACCGCUGAGUGUUAAUCGUUAGCGAACAUUGCGCAAUUUUUACAAACCUGUACUAAGCGGAAACCCUCUAUUAAGCGGACACUUGGGAAGGUCCCGAAGGUGUCCGCUUUUAAUAGAGCUUUUACUGUAUUUAUUUACUAUGAAGUUCUAACUUUUUCGACUGUAAAUUAAAUCUCAUGGUCGUACCAAUCAAAUGAAACCUCUUCAGCAGUACUUUUAUAUGGUACCUUUUAUGUACUACGUUAUUUAAACUUUGAGUUUGUAAAUGAACUCCUAUGGUAUUACCAUUCAAAUGAAACCGCUUAACUCAGCUGUUAGCAGUACUUUCACAUGGUACUAUUUAUUUCAUUCUUAGAUCUAAUUUUUGAGUCUGUGGAUGAAAUCCUAAGGCGUUACCAUUCCGGCAUAGAAAUUAAUCUCUUAAUUACUUUCACAUGGUACAAUUUACGGAUUAAUUUAGGUUUCUGGGAAACUGCCCACCUAGCCCUCCCCUAAGCCAACAUUAACACUUCUCGUUUGCGGCAAAAUCUUGAUUUAGGGGAGGGGUAGGUGGGCAGUUUCCCAGAAACCUAACUUGUUCCCAAUUUACUUAGCACGUAGUUUCGAUACCUUUUAGAACUGUGAGUGAAUCGUAUAGUGUCACCGAAUUCGACUUUUUACGAAGUUUUGAAGCUUAAAAAAGCGAUCAGCACUGCUAUGUAGCUUGUUUUGAAACACUCUUUAAGUCCGGUUAUAAGCGCCCCCUCCCCCGUUUAUUAGCCCUCCUAAGUAUUUAAUGUUUAUUUAAUGCUUUGGUCUUUUAUCAAAUUCUGUCAACUGAGGAGAUGAAUGGAGAUCAGUCUGGACAAUGUCGAACUGGGGCCAGAAGAAUUAUUUGUCUGAGACGGAUAAAUCGUCUAGAUAUAAAUCCGGUGUUCAGACAAACUUGAUUCGUCCGUCAGCGCUAACCGAGAUGAUUUAUCCGUCUCAGACGGAUAAUUCGUCUCUCGGAGUAUAAAUUCGGCCAAUUUGUAUGUGGAUACCAGGCCUCACGGAUAAAAGCUGGUUUCCAUAAUAUAAUUCUGACUGCUGAAAUUUUCCCAACCAUCGUAGCGGAAAUGUGUUGAAUUUAAUGCGUUUGCUUUGUUUUCCUUUCUAGACCCUUAACCAAGGAGGACAAAUUGAAUGCGAAGAUCAGUGAUCUAAGAGAGAAAAACGCUGCACUUUCAAAAGUUAACAGUGAACUUCAGGAGGAAUUAAAAUCGGUACGCUUUACUUCACCUGUAAGAACCUUGUCACAACAUUCCCUCAGCAAACGUGAAUAA